AUGUCUUUCUUCGCGCGCCUUGGCGACUCGGACUCGGAGUCUGAGUCGGACAACGAGUCCCUCGUCUCGGAGACCGAGCAGAAGCAGCCCAAGAAGUCGCUGGCGUCCAAGUUCCUGCGCGGCGACUCGGACUCGGACUCUGACGACGAUGACUCGGACUCGGACUCGUCGGACGAGGAGGAGGAGAUGACCGACUCGGACGACGACGGCCGUGGCAACAUGGCCAACCAGUUCCUCAAGUCUGACAGCGAGGACGACUCGGACUCGGACGACGAGGAGGACAAGAUCCGUGUUCUGUCGGCCAAGGACAAGCGCUUCGCCGAGAUGGAGGCUGCCAUCAACAGCAUCCAGAACGCGACCAAGGCUGGCGGCGCCGCCAGCGACUGGGUUGCUGCCAACAACGAGCUCGAGAAGCUCCUCCGCUUCAUCCAGCGUCACCUCACCUCGAUGCUCUCCUCCCCCAUCCCCCCUGCCGGCCACAUCCCCCCCGCCUUCCUCCAGACCAUCACUGAGCUUGACACUGCCGUCAACGAGACCAUCAAGUCGGAGAAGUCGGCUGGCAAGAAGAUGCCCGCCAACAAGGGCAAGGCCCUCAACGCCAUGAAGCAGACUCUCAAGAAGAAGGUCAAGGAGUACGAGACUGUUGUUUCCCAGUACACCGCCGACCCCGAGGCGUACGCCAAGGCCUACGAUGUUGCCGUCGCUCCCCCCAAGGUUGCCAAGGUCAAGACUGCUGCCGAGCGCGCCGCUGAGGGUGGCGAGGGUGCCGACGGCGCCGACUCCGAGUUCACCACCAUUGGCCGUGGUGGUCGCCAGCUCCACCUCACCUCGGACGGUGUCUUCAAGACCCUGCGCGAGAUCUUCGAGGCCCGUGGUCGCAAGAACACUGACCGUGCCGAGACCAUCCGUAUCCUGCAGAAGCUCCUCGAGGUUUCCGAGACCACCUACCAGAAGAUCCGUGUUCUCCUUGCCCUCGUCCCUGCCCGCCUCGACUACUCGCAGAACCUUUCCUCGAUCCCCCACGACUCGUGGGUCGCGUGCCUCGCCGAGUUCAACCAGCUCCUCGCCAUCCUCCUCGCCGAGAAGGACUACAUUGUCCAGGACAACGUUGAGGAGUACGACGACAUGGUCGAGCGCACCCCCGAGACUGAGGGCGGCCGCGUCAAGGUUGCCGGCAACCUGAUCUCGCUCCUCGAGAACCUCGACAACGAGUUUGCCAAGACUCUCCAGCACACUGACGCCCACGAGCGCGGUACCGAGUACAUUGAGCGCCUCCGCGAGGAGACCCCCCUCUACGUCGCCAUCACCAAGUCGCAGGUUCUCUUUGAGCGUGAGCAGUGGGCCGACCAGACUGCCCGUGCCGUCAUGCGCCGUCUUGAGCACACCUACGCCAAGCCCGACUCUAUUGUCGACCACAUGGAGGCUGCCGUUACCAAGCAGCUCGGUGCCCUCACUUCGGCCAUCACCCCCUUCGGUGUCCAGCGUGACGCUUCGGGCCUCAUCCACCUCCUCUGUGUCCACAUUUACCAGUCGGACGCUCCCCUGCUCCGUGCCCGUGCCGUGCUCGCCCACGUCUUCAACCACGCCAUCCACGCCCGCUACCACCAGGCCCGUGACCUCCUCCUCAUGUCGCAUCUCCAGGACACCAUCCAGCACGCCGACGUCGCCACCCAGAUCAUGUACAACCGUGCUGUUGUCCAGCUUGGUCUUGCCGCCUUCCGCCGUGGCUUUAUCCACGAGUGCCAGACCAUCCUUGCCGAGAUCUUCCAGACUGGUCGCCAGAAGGAGCUCCUCGCCCAGGCCGUCCACCGCUACAACGUGCAGCUCUCGCCCGAGCAGGAGCUCAUUGAGAAGCGCCGCCUCCUCCCCUUCCACAUGCACCUCAACGUCGAGCUCCUCGAGGCCGCUUACCUCACCUCGUGCAUGCUUGUUGAGAUUCCCCUCCUUGCCUCGGUUGACACUGAGGAGCAGCGCCGCCGCAUCGCCUCCAAGGGCUUCAAGCGCCUGUUGGACGGUGCCGAGAAGCAGGCGUUCAUGGGUCCCCCCGAGAACACCAAGGACCACAUCAUGAAGGCUUCCAAGGCUCUCCAGGCUGGCGAGUGGGAGCAGGCCCGCGACCUCAUCCUGUCCAUCAAGAUGUGGCAGCUGCUCGACAACGUCGAGGACAUUCGCACCAUGCUCGCCCGCAAGAUCCAGGAGGAGGGUCUCCGCACUUACCUCUUCACCUUCUCGCCCCACUACGCCUCGCUCUCGCUUGGCCACCUCGCUGCCACCUUCUCGCUUCCCCAGCAGACCGUGACAUCGAUCAUCUCGCGCAUGAUCUACACCGACGAGCUCGCCGCCUCGCUCGACCAGAUUGACCAGGUCGUCGUCUUCCACCGCGUCGAGCAGACCGAGGUCCAGCGCCUCGCCCAGCAGCUCGCCGAGCGCGCCGUCCUGAUGGUCGAGUCGAACGAGAAGGCCCUCGACGUCAAGCUCGGCCAGGGUCCCGGCACCGACCGCGCCACUGGCGGCCGUGAUGGCGCCGCUGGCGGCGACGCCCGUCGCCAAGAGCGGAGAACCGGCGGUCGUGGUGCGUACCGCGGUCGCGGACGGGGAAGGACCGGGUUCAACUCGGGUCUCGGUAGCCAGCGCCGCGUGGCAGCGUAG